AUGGAAAGUGAAUCAUGCCUAGAAGGGUCGUUGCAGAAAAAGAGUUAUGUGGUGGCUCGCCUAGUCGAUUACGGAGUGAACGUUAAUUACUUGUGCCAAAAUAAUUGCCUGACCGGUGAACCAAAUCGACUUGUAACUGGCGUAUUCGACCAUCAGAAGCAGAAAUAUUUUUUCGACAUACCGUUUGCUAAUUAUUCGUUAUACAGUGCUAUGGCAUCGAUGAAGGUUUACACGAGAAAAGGGUGCAAAAAUAUCUUGAACGGCGUCGUUGUUUUACCCGACAAAAAAACUUGCCAUUGUUCAAAUAACUUAUGCUAUGAUUCCAAGUUGAAAGCGUUGGUUUACUGGAAUUGUUUCGAUUCGUGCAUACAAAAAGAUUUCUCUGUUUUGUACAGUGGGAUAGUGGAGGAUUGGACGUCGGAGUUUGGUCUUCGAUUUAUCAAUUUUGUUGAUAAUGGUACCAAUGUAGUCAUGCAGUUAUUAGAGCAAAAGGAGCUUUGUAACACUAUAGUUUGGACAACAAAUUUAGAAAAUAUAUAUGUAUACGAAAGCGAUGCUAUUGUAGAAUAUCUCCAAGAAAACCAGUCGUUAUAUUUGAAUUUGUCGCAUUUGAACUACACUUUCUGCGAGAGGGAAUCGAAAUACCUGAAAGGAUUGGAGAGAUUAUUCGACAGCGAUAAAGGAACAAUUAUUGUUUUAUUACUGCUGAUUUUGCUGCUUUUAUCCAUCAUCAAAUCGUGUUGGGGAAUUUUUACUAAUAUAUUUCUACUAAAGAAAUUCCACAAUCUAAGUAGCAAGGAACUGAUAUUAAGGAGUUUCUCGCAAAACUUAACGCAUCAAAAAGUGUUUUUCCACAACGCAAACAAAAAUAAUAAAUCGCGUUUAAUUAUUGAACCAGAAAACCAAAAUUUGUGCGCGAAUGCGGUUAACGAGAUAUAG